AUGAAUAUUGUGUUUUCUGCUUUACUAUUAUACUAUUUUAUUAUUCGGCCGUUACCUGCAGGACGUUCUAUACAAAAAGGAUUUUACAUAAUAGAGAAUCUGACUGAUUUAAAUCUGAAAUCAGAAAAUGAUUGUGUAAACAAUUCAAGAAGUUCAAAACUUAUCAUUUUGUUUAAUGAAGAAAGAAAACGGAAACAUCUGUACGACCAAUAUCCGACUUUAGAUUCGUGCAGUUGUAGUAAUUGUGAGUUUACUACAAAUCAGAAUGGUCUCCAGUCUGCUGAUGCUGUAAUAUUUAACAUAGGAAUAAGAAAUGAAAGAAUGGGAACUGAGCCACCUAUUCCUGGCUAUCUAAGAAAUGCCAAUCAAGUGUGGAUAUUUGUUUCUAAUUUUCCUCCUGUUGAUUAUUAUAAUUUAGAUUAUGAACGCGAGUCUUGGUAUAAUACAAUGAACUGGUCAAUAUCGUACACACUUAACUCUGACAUAGUAGACGCGAGAGGAUAUCUUUUACCGCAGGAUGUCAUACCCGGAAAGGAUUAUAAAUAUGUGUACAAUAGAAAAACCAGAAAUGCACUUUGGCUUGUCAGACAAUGCCAAUCAUCAAGUGCUCGAAGACAAUACAUUACAGAAAUGACCAACCAUGGAUUUGAAGUAGAUAUGCUAGGUGUAUGUGGAAAUGAUGGGCUGGAAGUCAAAGAUCUUUAUAAGAUCAUUCCUAAAUAUAAAUUCUACCUUGCAUUUGAAACCGCAUUAUGCGAUGAUUUUAUUUCCGAAAAGUUUUUUCGUAAUUACAAUCACGACUGGAUCAUUGUUGUUAGAGGAGGAGCAGAUUAUCAUAAACUUAUUCCAACAAAUACGUACAUUAACACGGCAGAUUUUAAAGAUAUUUCCAGUUUAGUAGCAUACCUCAUGAAGUUAGGAAGCAGUGAACAAGAUUAUAUCAACUUUUUGCAAAGUAAGGAUCGAUAUAAAAGCAUUGUUAAUGAUCCGGACGCACUUAAAUGCGAAAUUUGUAAAAGACUAAAUAAUUUACCAAAGUAUAGAAAAACAUUUUCUAGAAUGGAUAUGCAUACAAAUAUCAGUCAAUGUAGAAGACCAAAUGAUUUAUGA